CCCGUCUUCACAUGCGCCAACACAAGCCGGGCACCUGCAGGUAUGAGGGACUAUGUCUGCCCGUGGCCACCAUGCUUCUGAUGAAUGACUCCCAUCCUUUAGUCUUCAUCUUACUUGGGAUCCCCGGUCUGGAGGAUGUCCAGUGUUGGAUUUCCAUCCCCUUCUUCUGUAUGUACUUCGUUGCCUUCUUCGGGAACAUUAUCAUCCUCCUGAUCAUCAGAUCUGAGAAGAGUCUUCACGAGCCCAUGUUCUUCUUUCUGUCCAUGUUGUCGGUGACCGAUAUCGUUCUGUCAUCUUCCACCCUUCCUAAAAUGUUGGGCAUCUUCCGGUUUAAUCUCCGGGAGAUCAGAUUCGAGGCUUGUCUAACUCAGAUGUUCUUCAUCCAUGCCAUCGAGUCGGGUUUCUUCUUGGCCAUGGCCUUUGACCGCUACGUGGCCAUAUGUAACCCCUUGAGACAUUCAUCUAUUUUAUGCAAUAAAACUGUUCUUGUCAUUGGGAUUUCUGUGGUCUUUCGAGCUCUGGUGUUUUUCUUACCUCAUCCAUUCAUUGUAAGACGCCUGAUAUUCUGUCAAUCCAAUAUCAUCCCUCACACGUACUGCGAGUUCAUGGGUCUGGUGAAGCUGACAUGUGGAGACGCAAAGAUGACCAAGUCCUACAGCUUGGUUGUGGCCUUUUUGAUGGGCACUUUUGAUCUACUAUCGAUAAUCACUUCGUACACCCUAAUCCUAUAUACCGCUCUAAACCUUCCCACCAGGCAGGCGGGUCUGAAGGCCCUCAGUACCUGCACAUCCCACAUUAUAGUCAUCUUGGUUUUCUUCACCACGGCCGGGUUCACCUUUAUGACCCAUCGCUUCGGCCACAACAUUCCACCACAGAUCCAUAUCAGUGUUGCCAAUAUUUACAUUUUGGUUCCCCCAAUGCUGAACCCAAUUAUUUAUGGGGUGAGGACCAAGAAGAUUCGUCAGGGGAUCGUCUGA